ACAGAAUGUUUGAAGCAAUUUACAUCAAAACAGAGUCUCAAAGAACAUAUGAAACUGCACACUGAUUCACCAUUGUUCCGCUGUUCGAAAUGUCACCGAGGAUUUGUACAAAAGGAUGAACAAAAAUUGCAUGAAGAAAAAUGCAAUCGAAAUGUCUAUGAAUGUUACAUUUGUGGAAAAUUCGUUGGAUCACACAAGAAGAAUUUGGAACAACAUAUGCGCGUUCAUACUGGUAACAGACCAUUCCACUGUCAACAUUGUUCGAAACAGUUCACACAGAAAUCCCAUCUUAAUGUUCACAUGAAAUCGCAUACCAAGAAGCUGCCAUUCAAAUGUUCGAUUUGUCAUCAUGGUUUUAUGAAGCAAACGCAAUGCAAAGCACACGAGCGAAGCUGUCGUCGGCGGUGUUAUCAUUGCUAUAUUUGCAAGAAGUUCUUUGGUGGAGACAAAUCAACGUUGGAAAAUCAUUUGCGAACGCAUUCGGGUGACAAACCGUUCAAGUGUAAGUUAUGCCGAAUUGGAUUUGCAGCAAAAUCAAACUUACCGGCGCACAUGAAAACACUCAUCCACAAACAGAAUGAAUUAUUGACUUGAUGAACAAAACAGACUCGAAAACUUGAUUCAAAAUGAGCCCAAAAUCCAGUUAUUUCUGACUGAAGAGCAAAACUAAUUCAAUCAAUACGAUUUUUUUCAUUUUCUAAUUUAAUAUUACAUACCACAUACUGACAGCUUCUGCUUUCAAUUCUCUAUCAAAGUUUAAUACUGAAACAAAUUAGUUUAUGUCAAAUUAAAUACCUACUGAAAUAGAAUUGAAAAUGAAAUAUACAACGUUUGGACAAUCGUAUUUGAAUGCGAUCCAUUAGAAUUCUAACAUAACAUAUUAAAGAAUACCUAAUAAUCAGUUACCUGAAUUGCCAUAUUCGUUUCCAUUUAUGUAUUUGAAUGUUAAACUCUUUUUCAUUGAAUA